CGGCGUUCGCCUACCAAAACGCAAGCCGACAGGCGUUUUUCGCCGCGAAUGAAAACGUGGCGUAUAUCUGUCGUGUAUAGUUGCUCUGAUAUAAACCAAUAUAUUAUUUUUAAUCCGAUGGAAAAUACCGUGUAUGAGCCUGGUCAUAUUAUCAAUAAUACGCCAUUAAAAGGUCGAUUAUCGAUUCGUAAUAUUGUGUAUGUCACGCGCCUAUCGAAAGAUUUGACAGUCAAUACUCAAUAGUCAUUUCGAUGUUAUGAAUAUUACGAUCACUCUAGACACAGGACAUACCAAUCAUAGCAUGUUGUUUAUACCGUGGCACCGUGCUGUUUACAAGUCUGGAGACACACGAGUGGCAGUCUGUGCGACUGUUGACUAAGCACUAAUCAGUUUGGCACUCGACAGACAACAGUGAACAUCGUCAAUUUUAUUGUAUAAGAAGUACAUUGGACAAUGCGUUUUUGUUAUUUUAUCGUUAAAAUAAAAUUUUAAUUAUUUAUUUAUUUUUUAAGUCGUGUGGUUUGCUUGUUUAACGUUAUCGCUUUUAAGAAAAUAAAUAUAUAUAAUUAUAUGAUCAAUGGUUGUACUAAGUAUGGUGUUGUAUAAAUUGUUACUAAUAAUUGCUGCUUAUGCCGCAGUUGCAGUACAUUGUGAAGAUUGUGUUUCGAGAUGUGUUUUCAAUCUAAGACACAAAGAAAAACAUCUUCAAUUUGAUUUGUCUAGUUUUAAGGGACUUAAUAAAGUUAAUUUCACCAAUUCUAAUGAUAUGUACUUAAAUAUACAGUUAUGUUGUGAAAACAAUAAACGUACAUUGAUUUGCGAUGGAAUUAAGACCAAAAUAUGUUUAAACAAAAAAUAUUCCACAGAAUCAGAUAUUGGAUCCAAAAUUAAAGAAGUGAAAUUAGAUGUUAAAGAUCAACUUAUUUUGUCUUUGGAAGGAAAUACUAUUUGUGAAAAAAAUCAAAAAUACUCUACAGAUCUAACAUUUGUUUGCAAUAAAAAUAUGAUUGGAAAUAAAGCAGAUUAUAAGCUAAAUGUAAAUCAAUGCAAGUAUAUUAUAGAAUUGACUUCGGCAGUUGGUUGCCCAAUAGAUGAUUUGGAUAUACGAAAUGUUUGCAAUAUUUCAAUACCUCAUAUUAAUUAUAAAUUUAAUUUGAAUCCUUUACGUCGUUUAACCAAUAACUAUUUGGUUGAAAACCAAAAUCGUCGAUUUGAGCUCAACAUCUGUGGCCGUCUAACUGACCACAAUAAAUGCGGUGGUAAUAUCACUACAAUAUGUGAUAUAACUGAUAUCACAAAUCCUAAAGUGUAUGCUGUAGGAAAAUAUGCAAACGAUGAACUUCUGUAUGAUAAAAAUAGUAAAAGCUUAAAAUUGAUCCAACAUGAAAAAGCUACUAAAAAAAAAAAAGGUAGAAGAAUUGAAUUCAUUUUUAAGUGUGAUGAAAAUAUAGCACCUGAAAAUAUUAAACCAACAUUUUUAAAUGAAGAAAAUUACCAAGAUAAAAAUACGUUUCCUAAUAUUGCAUAUUUUGAAGUUGCUACAUCUGUUGUUUGUAUACCAAGAAUGAUAUCAUGUGAAGUAAUUACUGAUUAUAUGGUUCGUUUCAAUUUAAAACCUUUACACAAGCGAGUAGAUAAUUGGAAAAUUAUUAACGAAAACAAUGGUGGAAUUUUUUACUUAAAUAUUUGUGGUUAUUUAAAUGAAUAUGAUAGACAAAUGCCAUCUUCAUGUACAGUUGGUGGUAAAACUUCGGCUUGUUAUGUGGAUAGUUCAGGUAAAGGAAUUUCCAUUGGGUCAACACAAAUUGGUCCUUACUAUGACAAAAAUUCAAUAAUAUUAAAUUACAAAGAUGGAGAUAAUUGUAGCAAUUCUUUGAAGUGGUCAACAGUUAUCAAUUUAACUUGUUCUAGUGAGUCAAAACUUAUACACGAAUCAACAAAUUUUACUUUAUGUAUUCAUGUAUUUAAUUGGAAAACUCCUAAAGCUUGUGAAAUAUUGUUUGAGAGAAAAGAUCAGUGUAUGGUUUCACAUCCAUGGUAUUCUCAAACUGUGUACAAUAUUAGCAAUUUGAAAAAUCAGACUUUUGAAAAGGAAAUUGAAGAUAACACAUCAUUUCGAUUUAGUAUUUGUGGUCCAUUGCAAGAACCAUGUAAUGGUAUUUUAGAUUCAGCUGCUUGCUGGUCAAUUGAUGGAACUGAAAUGAAUAUAGGACUGUUUACUGAACAAAUAGUAUUUGAUAAUGGUUCUAUCUAUAUUUCCAUGCAUGGAGAAAAAUGUGCUUACAAUGGGCAGGGACCUAAUAGCUACACUAUUAUUAGAUUUGUGUGCGAUUACUUAGAUUCAAAAUGGAUCGAUUACAAAACGGAUUUUUCUGAAUGUACUUUUGAAUUUACUAUAUAUACAAAAUAUGCUUGUACACAACAGUUAAAAAUUAACUGUACUGUUGGAGAUCAAUUGGGAAAUAUUUUUGAUCUCAGUAAAUUAACUAAAUUUAAUAGUAACUAUGAAAUUGUUACUAGCCAAAAGAAAACAAUUAUUUUAAAUGUUUGUCAUUCUGUUAUUAAUAAUGAUAUUAAUGGUGUAAAUUGUCAAUUCAAUAGUGGAGUCUGUUUAGUUGACCAUAGUAAUUUAUUAUAUUCUAACCGAUACAAAAAUCUUGGUGAUGUGAAGAAUAGCCCUUAUAAAAUAAGAAAUAAAAUAAUAUUAGAAAUGAUCAAUGGUUUUUAUAAUGGCCGCAAAGUUUCUUCAGUUAUUGAAUUUAUGUGUUCAAAUCGAAAUAAUGGGCCAUUGUUAACUAUUGAAGAAAAUUAUAAGUAUAUAUUCCAAUGGUUUACACCAUUGGUAUGCCCCAAUUCUCAACAUAUUAAAAAAAGAGAAAUAAUAAAAAAUGAUCAUUCAUUAAAACCAACUUACACAACAAUUGAAAUAGAUGAUAUAAGCUACACCAUAUAUAUUUGUCCAAAAAAUAAUAAUGAAAUCAGUUGUAAUUCAGAAAUUAGUUUGAAUAAUGCAUUUCCACAUGGACGAAUUAUAAUUUUGUUUGAUAAUAAACAAAAAUAUGUAUAUACUUUGCAAAAUGACUUAUAUUUUGAUCAUAAAAGUAAUAUAACUUGUCAUGAAAAUAAAAAUACAAAAGUUCAAAUAAAGUUUAUGUUUUAUUGUGGGUAUGAGUUACAAUUACCGAAAGUUCAGAAGUAUAAUUGUACAACUACUGUUCUCAGUAUUAAUCCAGAAAUAUGUGAUAAAAAAUUGGAAUGUAAUAUAAGUUCGUAUGAUUUAACGCCAAUUAAAGGAACUCAUUUAAUUAAUGUUAAUGAAAGAAAGUAUUUUAUUAACAUAUGUAUACCUGGAGCAAAAGGUAUAGGAGGAAUAAUGGAAUUCAACAAUACAAAUUAUAAUAUUGGUUAUCAAGUAACACCAAUAAAAAGUGAUGUGAUGGAUAUUAUUGAAAUACAUUUUAAAAAUGGUGAUAGUUGUUUAGAUUUAACAUCAAGAUUAUCUAAAACAAAGUAUUCGACUAAAAUUACAUUACUAUGUGAUAUUACUGAAGUAGAAGGAAAACCAAUAUUAAAGGAUUCCAGAAGCAAUUGCAUAAUACAAUUUGAAUGGAAAACUAGUCUUGUAUGCAGCAGAAAAUCGGUUGAAUUUAAUAGGGAUACAUGUGCAGCGACUAUCAAAAUAUCUAGUCAAAAUGUUAUGUACAAUACAACCAUAAAUUUGAAUAAUAUUUUAACUAUUAAUAAUUUAACUGAUAAUUUAACGAAUUACCAAGUACACUUUUGCAAUGGAUCUGUCAGUUUAAAUGGAACAAUAUUUUUUGGAAAUAUGAAUCUUAAAUAUGAUAUAUUUAAGAAACAGUUAGUUGCUAAUUUUCAAAAUACCAAUUAUAAACAUUUCAAAAAGGUGGACAUUAUUGUUACAUGUUCCAAAUCAACAGAAGACUUAUCAAGAUAUAAUUUCACAGUAACAGAUAAUGGAGUGAAAAUUGAUACAUAUUCAAAAGGUAUAUGUUGUAUGGAUUUCAAUGAUCACACAAAUAAAAAAAUGUGUAAUACAUAUCAAUUAAUUCCCAUAUCAACUAAAAAUACUGUAGAAGAUCAGCUAUCUAUGUAUUUUGAAAAUAUUAAAACAACUGAAACUAGUUUAAAAAUUAAUUUAGAAACUACCAAAAUAGAAGAAUUAAUCUUAUUAACUACUGAACAAAUUGAUGAAUCCAUAACACUUAUUGAAACAGAAUUGAAACACAUUGAACACACCUCACAACGGAUCUAUGGUAAACAUGAGAUUUCUGAUAAUUUUAUUGCUAUAUCAACUACGAAAAAUGGAAUUGUGUCUCAAUCUUCAUUUUAUCUAGAAAUAGUAUUAACUGUUUUAGUAAUCAUACUAUUAACAUGGAUUUUCCGAUGGAGAUUAUUGAAGGAAAUUCUAAGACUGUAUUACACUCUGCCUUUUGUCAGACAAAGACGAAGAAGUUAUAAUCAUAAUUUAAUGUAAAUGUAUAAGAUUUAAUUUUAAAAUGUAUUGUAAUGUUUAUAAAAGUUAUGUAUUGUUUACAAAAAAUGUUUAAAUUUUAUUAUUUAUCUAAUGAAGAUUUUAAGAUAAAGUCAGUAAUUUAUGAUGUUAUAAAUUUUAAUACCUAGUAUAUACCUAAUAAAUAAUAGUUAUUAUAGUAA